ACAAAACGAGAAGUGCCGAUGCGAAACUCUCCUGUUUGAGCGGACGUCAAAGUUUUGGGAAAGGUUGUGCCUGUUAUCUUGUUUUCAGUCAUAUUUUAUAUUCAAGAAGUGGAAAGGACAAGGUUUAGUGUUACAAAAGAAGGAAAGAGAAAUGGAUGAUGAAGAGAGUACACCAACUCUGUACAAAUGUCCUCAGUGUGAUCUCAUGUUUGACUGCCUGUUGGUCCUAGAUAACCAUUUAAAGUUCCACACAAAAGAAAAUCCAUACGAAUGUGAAGUAUGUCAUACAUCAUUUCUGUAUCAGACAUAUUUGGAGGAGCAUUUGACUUUGAGCCCCGAGUGUGGAGGAACUUCCCAGGUAACUGAGGUAGAAACUGAUGCGCAGAAUGGCGAUUCAAUGGUCAAUGUCUCGGAAUCCAUUAGCUCAGAUUCUCAAAUCGAUCAAAAGUCCACAUUAAUUAAUAGUGAAGCUGACGAAUUUUAUAUGGUGCUGGUUGAAAAUAAAAAGAUGUUCAGAUGUGCUGUUUGCCAAAAAGAUUUUAAGAGAAAAUCUCACGCCAAGGAACAUGCUGGAACAGUACACACCAAUGCACGGAAAUAUCAGUGCCCACACUGUAACAUCAAUUACAAAAACAAAUCCCAGUUAAAUGCUCACAUCCGAUGUAAGCAUACAGACAAUAGAACUGGAAUAAAAUGCAAGCUUUCUGACCAAAUUAUGGAUGGUACUCAGAGAGAAUGUGACAUUUGUGGUGCAGUUAUCUCUCGCAUAAGUUUCCGACAACAUCUACUUCGUCACACGGACAAACGACAUGCAUGUGACCAAUGUGACAAAUCUUACGUUUCAAAACAUCAUUUGAUUGUCCAUCAAAUGGGCCAUACUGGAGAGAGACCUUUUCCGUGUACGUUUCCUGGAUGUGAUAACAGAUUACGCACAAAGAAUGCUUAUAACAGACAUAUGGCCGUUCAUGCGGGUAUCAAAAAUCAUUACUGUAGCUAUUGUGGUAAAGGAUUUUUCUUGGUCGGGGGCCUGAAUCAACAUGUUAAGAUACACACAAAUGAUCCAACUCGGAAAAGACCAUCACGCUCCAAGUCUGCCCAGAAAAAGUGUAACAAAAUGGUUCAGACAAGCAACGAGGAACCACAACAGGAAGAAUACAAAACUAUCUUGGAGAAAAUAAUAAAGACAGAAACUGUAGCUGAAUAUAAUAACGUUGAUGUUGGUGAACAUUCUGCCAAUAUUUUUCAAAUUAUUGAUGAUACAUCGUCUAAUGUCAAAGGACAAAUAAAUAAUAUGUUUAGUACUAUUAAUCUUUCCAUUGUAAAGCUGGAAGUUUCUGAUGAAUAUGAAGAUGUUGGUGUUGCACAGGAGAAUGUUAAUUAUAUUGCAGCUGCUGAAGAGUCUGCAAAUGAUGGAAGAAUAAUUUCUUAUGUGGAAAAUGUAGAUGCUGAUGCUGCAGAUGUUAAAGCAAUCUCUGUUUCUGAAGUUGAAGAUUCCAAAUGUGAUGUUGAAAAAGAAAUUUCUGAUACUCAUGAACCAACAUGUACUGCUACUGUUGAUGUCAUUGAAGGUAAAAUAAUUUUGGAUGGUGACACUGUAAGUGCUGAUGCUGGUAAUGAUGUAGGGACUUCUGUUGAUGCUGCAUGUAUUACUGAUCUUGAUGAAGCAGAUAAUAUAAAAUCCAAUGCUGAUAUUGUAAUUGUCUCAGGUGGUAAACAAUUUGUGAAGAUUCACAUGAACAAAACAUUAUCACAAAAAAUUAAACAUGUAAAUAUUGGACUGGCUGAUGAGAAAAACCUUCUUGAUUCAGCAUAUAAUGAAGUAAAGGAAAUACCGGAUGCCUUGAAGGAUUUUUACAUAUAUGAUUGUCGUUACUGUCCAGAAAAUUUUAGGUUUUACCACGCUUUAAUCAAACAUUAUACAUCUGUCCAUCCUACUCUGGACAUUCAUAAAUGCUUUGAUUGUGGUCAAGUUUUCGACUGUCAGCGAGUUUUGAAAAAACAUUGCAAGGAUCACCAUGAUGGAAAUUCUUGUACCCAGUGUAAAGUUUGCAAUAAAAUGUUCAUCCAUCCUGGACAAUUGACGGAACAUGUGGAAAAACAUACCUCGGGUAAACUGUUCUCUUGUGAAGUUUGCGAUAAACAGUUUAAAAACAACAGUGAGCUAAGCAACCACCUGCUGUCUCAUCCAGAAAACAAACCAAUCGAAUGUAAGGAAUGUGGACACCGAUUUGUACGUAAACGCGACUUCAUUAUCCAUUAUCGGCUCCACACUGGAGUUUCCCCUUUCAAAUGUGAUAAAUGCGACAAGGAAUUUAGAUCUGAGAUAUCUUUGAGGUACCAUUCACGAGUCCAUGCAGCCGUUCGGCCUUUUCCAUGUGGAGAGUGUAAUAAAUCAUACACAACUCGAUCAAAGUUGAUGCGGCAUACAAGAAACCAUACCGGAAACAAACCAUUCAAGUGUUUAGAACCUGGAUGUGAUAAAUCAUAUGUUGAAGUCCGAGACUAUCGGUAUCAUCAAAUGAAACAUCGAGGAGAGAAACCUCACAGAUGCCCCGUGUGCUCAAAAGCUUUUCUCAUGCUUAGUAAUAUGGAACAGCAUCAUAAAACCCAUUUCAAAUUAAAUAAACAAUCACACUCCAAAAAGAUCAUUAGCUCAUGAAACAAUUCAUAGUUCACUUAACUAAUAGUGUGCGCAAAAGCUUUUCUCAUCCUUAGUAAUAUGGAACAGCAUCAUAAAACCCAUUUCAAAUUAAAUAAACAAUCACACUCCAAAAAGAUCAUUAGCUCAUGAAACAAUUCAUAGUUCACUUAACUAAUAGUGUGCGCAAAAGCUUUUCUCAUCCUUAGUAAUAUGGAACAGCAUCAUAAAACCCAUUUCAAAUUAAAUAAACAAUCACACUCCAAAAAGAUCAUUAGCUCAUGAAACAAUUCAUAGUUCACUUUAACUAAUAUUGUUAUCUAAAUUUUUUUGGAAAAUGUUGUUAUCUAAAUUAAAUCUUUACUUUGAAAAUUAAAGCUUUACUUUGAAAAUUAAAUAUUUACUUUGAAAAUUAUAUCUUUACUUUGAAAAUUAUAUCUUUACUUUGAAAAUUAAAUAUUUACUGUCUUUGAAAAUUAAGUCUUUACUGUCUUUGAAAAUUAAGUCUUUACUUUGAAAAUUAAAUCUUUACUUCUCUUCAAAAAGAUUGUUAGCGUUAGCUCAUGAAACAAUUCACCGUUCACAUUAA